GCCAAAUUUAGAGGCGACAUAUGACAGCGUUGAGGAUAUUAGAUGUCUCGUCAGUGGGACUCCGAGCCGUGUCUUUUCCAAUUGCGUUUUAGUUUUCUGUCUUACCAGUCGAUCACUUCAAGUUGAUUAAUCCGAGGGGUGUGUCAUUAAAAAGGUUGUCAUCUUGUGUGGUCCACCCCGCAUAGGUAAACAUGAUCUCAAUCGAACAGGCCACAUAUACCAGGUGGCAUCGAACUAAGGAAGAUCAGAACGCUGUGCACCAGGAUAGGCGUCGAUUUCAUUCUUCAGCGCGUGCCUCUAAGAGUGAAAGCUGUCACGGUCAUUAACUCGAUACAAUUUGUUUCAUAGGCUUAAGAUAUACGUUCAUAUCUCCAACGCAUCAUGAGAGCGGAGCAGAUUCUUCCUCAAAUGAGCCUGUUGGUUCUUCUUUUGAUGUUCGACAACGAAGGACAUUCAAGAUUGGCAGAAGGCAAAACUCUCCAGAAGUUUGCUCAUGACAAAAAAGGAUCUCCCCCGACAUUUAUCAAGUCCCUCAAGAACAAAACGAUCCGAGAAGGCAAAGGUCUGUCCCUUACUUGUAGUGUAACAGGGAAACCCAAGCCUCGUAUAAAAUGGAAGAAAGAUGGCCGGACCAUUCCAAUCGAUGACAGGAGAAUUACGAUUCGAAACAUGCAUAAACUGAGGAUCAAAAAUGCGGGUCCUCAGGACAGUGGUAUCUAUCAUUGUUUCGCCAAGAACCGUCAUGGACAGUCUAACAGUGAAAAAGCAAAGGUGACAGUCCUAAGAACUCAAUCUCGGACCAUGCGUACAUCAUUAGCACUUCUGUUAAGAACGUCCCUUAAAAUGCAAAAUCCAUUUCCAGCAAACGUCAAGCCAUUAAAAAGGACCUUUUCGAUAUGCAGUAAAAGAUUUAGCCGGAUCGAUAAAAUUUACAACAAAGAGGUACUCAGUCUCGUGAAAAACGUGAAGGCAGAGCUGCACAAUGGUAACAUGGCGCUAGAAUCACAGUCUAUGGAGUUAUCGACUUAUUGUCUUUCUGCCUCUCUCCCUCUGAGCAAACUGGUUCGUGAUUGGACAGCUUACUUUAGGACGCCACUCCUCCCCAACCUCCCACGACCAUACAACUUGACGGUUCUUGGAUUGGAAAUUUCGAUGAUCAAUUCAAGUGUUGGCUCCAUAUGGGUUCCUCUCGGCUACGCAGCAAUAUACACAGUACACAGGAAGAUCACCUUGCGAAACGUGACCUUCUUUUAUCGACACCAGUCAGGACAUGGAUCCUUCAUCGCUAAAGGGAAGUACAAAAUUUGUGAUACUGUUUUUGAUAUGACUGUCGAAUCACUUCCAGAUGGUAAUGUCAAGCUCAGCGGUAAUUCAGAAACACCCAUUGAUUUAAACACCAUCGAAAAUGCCUUCGUGUCCGCAAGUCCGUCUUCGAUGUUGGUCAAAGCGAUCAAAAAAGGCAACUUAUUUGAGCUUCGUUUGAUGAGACCUUCCAUGGAAGCAUACAUCAAUAAAGAUUUGAUUGUGAAAUUCUCUGGAAAGUCAUACUUAUACAUGGACACUAGCACCAAGGCAGUUCCUAUCACUCUGGAAAUUUUUGGCGGGAAGUGGGGAAGAGAAGACGUACUUUUGGCGGGAAUUACCAGCAGUCGGAUCACAAUGAACCAAGCAUUGCAUUUGUUCACAAGCUUAUCACUUCCAUAUUUCGACAUGCAUGCUUCCAACGAAUCAAGAGUUGGAAUAGUACUCUCUGCGCAGGCUCUAGACCUUAGUAAAAGUCCAUAUGAAAUAUUUAAGGAAGCACCGCUGGCACAUGCAUUUGCAGACACUGUCCCUGACGGUUUAAGCCUGGUAACCAGUGGAGCAAUUCCCGUUCAAACACACAAGGACAACCAAGUGUGUCAGCUUUUCCAGACUAUUUUUGGCCGUGGAAGUGAGCUUACACUGAAGGCAUCGACAAACUGGGCUUCCAUCAGCCUCGACUGGCAUUUUAUCAAUCUUGCUGCAGGAGCAUUGUCACCUUUUGACCGAGUGGAGAUGAAAAUGAAGAUCAAUGACAGCAGGUUACUAAAGAUAGAGCCUUUGGGACACAUAAACAUCCCUCUUAGUGGAAUUCUUUACAAGAAAGGUCAGCGUUUAGACAGCUGGGAUUUAAGUGGUCAGCUAACAUACAGAGGACUAAAGGCAAACCUUGAAGCAAACUUUAAAACCCGAUCUGCUUGGAGAAAAGCCCUUGGAAUGGAGUACUUGACCAUGAAGAACCUACAGUUAGGAUUAUCGUUACCGAUUGGCCAGUCACAAAAAAGCAGCGCUACUGGCCAAGCUGAACUUCAGCUGGGUUCUCUGUGCAACGCAGCGCGCAAUCGUAAGAACGAAUCUAUCAAGAAAAGUUGCGUCACUGGUCAUUUGUCCUUGGGAUUGUCUGAUAAAUCUGCUGAUCGUUUCUUUUACGGCUCGCUGUCUCCUGUCAGUCUUCAAAAACUGCUUGAAGUGUGUAAUAUCAAUCACAAGCUGCCUGUCGCCCUGGCGACGAUAGGAUUUCCUGAAGGUCUAAAGAUCUCUGCCGCAAAAGGAGCGCACAACCUUAGCGUUCUUGGAGGACCAACCAUAAAACCAGGUUUCAUUCUGUCAGGCAAGAUGAGUUUAUUCGGAAUUGAGACCACAGGAGCAGUUUCGCUUUUACCUGAAGAGUUUGUAAUUGAUGCCAAAAUUAAAUCAGAUGAAGAUCUCGCCACUAUGGACGACAUCACACUAUCAUCUUCCUCGACUGCGGGUUCCAAUCUUAAUUCUAAGCUUUAUCUGACAGCUCGAAUGGAUUCAGUUCCAUCCGUAAAGGCACACCUUGACGGCUUUCCUCGGCUGUUUGGUAUAUUUAAGGACGUACAGAUGCUUGCUACCCGUGAUUCUUUGCAAAUUCACCUGGCCAGUGACGUCAACAAGUCCUACAAAAUCGAUGUCCACUUGAUAACUAACUACAGCACGAAUCGUAACGACACCCAAUUUAAUGCCAUGGUUGUCUUCGACAAUGGGUUGUCCAAGUUGACACGUCUAGCCUCAGAUUACGUGGUAUCAAUGCUUGAAUCAGAGAUGUCGCGACUAAAAUCAGCCAAAAGUGAAGUACAACGCCUUAGAAGAGAAUGUAACAAAACAAUCAAACGAGAAUGCUUCUGGUGUUUGAACCAUGGAGUCUGUGCAAGUUCCUUCUCAGAUGCACAAAAUACCACGCAGAAGAAACGAGGCACGCCACGAAUCGGUUCACCGCUUGACAUUUGUCACCAGGUUGUAAUGAAACGUUGCCUAGUCAACUCUGGGUACCACAAUGUUUGCAGAUUCGUUAGUGCAAACUUGAGCAAGACAUGCGCAAUUUACCGCAGUGCGGCAAGGUCUCAAAAAGACCUGGAGAAGGGACUGCGCUGGGUCAAGGAAGCCGACCAACUUAUGUACAGCGAACUGUUACAGCUCCACUCUAUUUCGUUCAAAACGAAUGUCACAUCAACCAAUCUGGAGAAGAUUUACUUGGAAACUACCUUAGAACUAACAAUAUUUGGACAAAAACAAAGACUCGAAGGUCGACGCAUGGACUUCAACGAAUUCAUGAAAUUUUCGUCGGAGAUUGCCAAGUACGCAGUGGACUGGUACCAAAAGACGCAGCCGCAGUCGAAGCCAAAAUUACGUCAUCCAGAUAACAGGCCAAGGUCUCCGACGUGGUAAGCGAAGAUACCACACAAAUAUUUUCCUCUUCUCUUAUACUUUUAAAGCGAACAGCAUUAAAGAAGGAAAUUUAAGUUUGUAACAAGGGAAGAUAUAACCGAGGGAACUAAUGUUCCACAACGGAAGAGAUUUUACACUUUUAUUGUCAAAUAUUACGAAGAUUUGUUACAGUUGUAAAUCCAAUUGUUAAGUUCAAUUGUUUAAACAAUGAGCGGAGGUAAUGUCACUUUGAAUUAUGGAGAGCGGUAGGUUCGCUAGAUCUCUUUUGAAAAGCCUCGUUUGAGAAUAUUGUUAUUCCUGAUAAGUCGUGUGAUAGCGUCACGCAAUCAUGUCACGCACGGAAUGAGUUCCCAAAUGCACAGCUGUAGGAGCAGCGAUUUGGACACUGCUGUUGCAGGGACCGCGCAGAGCUCAAAACAAAAAAUAAUUUAACAAAAAUAAGGGGACCAAAAAUAGCCCCCAACUCAAAAUCUUGCAGCGCGGUCCCUGUGUUGUAAUUAUUUCGCUAUCUUUUCAACACUUUGUUUAUCCUCUGCUCUUAAGAGACACGUUUCGCAAAGACCUAAAUAUUUUUAUAAAAAACAUUAACUGUAGUUGAGACUUUUUCUGGCAACAAAAUUUGUGCUUGUAAUACAAUCAAACGCUGAGCUAUCAAGCCUGGACAAUAUCAGGGGAAACACCAACUUGUGCCGAGCGCGGGAAAACAUCAGCUCCGUGCAAAGCAUGGGAAAACGCCAGCUUGUAUAAAGCAGGGGAAGACAAAAAUCUUUGUGUAAAGCGCGGGAAGCUUGCAUCAGUGCAACGCACAAUUUGGUGAAGGCGUAAAGCCAUACGAAAAAGCGCAUUAGCUUCAAAGCCGUUGUUACGCUUUGCAUUUGAGGCGAUUUGUAUGACUUUAGGAAGCGCCAUAGUUUUAAUACUCAUGUACACUUCUAUAACUAUCAAAGGAAACAGCUAUGUUUGAACGGUUUGCAGCCAGUGUUUUGAUGAUUACAAAUGAGUUCGCUUUAAAGUAAAAUCACAUGUACACAGUAUUUGAUAUUUAAUUAUAACCAUGGAAUUUCCGGAGGGAAGAUUUUAUGUACGUAGCAACUACGAAAUGUGGAAGAACACGUUUUGUUGAAACAAUAAAGUUAAAUUGAAAAUAU